UCAGUUUGAUUGUUGUCUUUGCAGUUUUGUGAUAUCUUCUUUCUUCAAAUCCAAAAUGGCCCUCAACUUAGUUGUCAAGAUACAUCCCGUAGUUUUAUUUCAAAUCGUUGAUGCAUAUGAGCGAAGAAAUGCGGAUUCACAUCGAGUUAUUGGCACGUUGCUGGGCACAUCGGACAAGGGUGUUGUGGAAGUGACAAAUUGCUUUUGUGUUCCGCACAAAGAGCACGCAGACCAGGUGGAAGCAGAGCUCAACUAUGCCAUGGAUGUGUACGAGCUCAACCGUCGGGUCAAUGCCUCUGAAAACAUUGUUGGGUGGUGGGCGACGGGCAACGAGGUGACCAACCACUCGUCAGUGAUCCACGAGUACUACUCACGCGAGUGCCGCGAGCCGGUGCACGUGACACUGGACACGUCGCUGGCCGGCGAGCGCAUGGGGCUGCGCGGCUACGUGUGCGUGCCGCUGGGCGUGCCGCACGGCAAGCAGGGCUGCAUGUUCACACCCAUCAACGUCUCUCUUAUCUGCUACGAGCCCGAGGUGGUGGGGCUGCAGCUGUGCCAGAAGACGAUCGGCGCGAGCGGGCGCGCGCGCCAAGUGCAGCCGGCGCCGGACCUGGCGCAGGUGGCGGAGGCGGCGGCGCGGCUGGCGAGCUCGCUGGACCAGGUGCUGCAGUACGUGGAGGAGGUGGCGGCGGGGCGCGCGGAGGGGCACAAGGCGGCGGGGCGCGCGCUGCUGGAGCUGGCGCACUCGCUGCCCAGCCUGGCCGCGGACUCGUUCGCGGACGCGUUCGCCUCCAGCGUGAAGGACCUGCUCAUGGUGGUGACGCUGGCGCAGCUCGUCAAGACGCAGCUGCAGCUCAACGAGAAGCUGACGCUGCUCACCUCGCAGUGACCCGCCGCCUGCCGCCCGCUUUUAUUGCAAUAACUCACCAAUAAAACUUUCAUACUGUGGCCA